CGUGACUAGAAUCAGACGAGGGUCAAAGUUGACCAAGAUGGUUGUGAAAAGUGAGGAAGAAGUUAUCCAAAACUCUAUGACAGAAGAUGACCCGAAUUCAAAUUCGGAGGCAUCCUCGAGUGCACAACCAAGAUGGGGCCCACAGCAUGCAGGUGCAAAGGAGUUGGCUUCACAUUACUCAAAAGGAAAAAGGGUACAAGAAACUUUAUGUCUUAUUGUGAGUAUUGCAUUGAUGGCCUUUAACCUGAGUGCCCUUGUGCUUCACUUCAAAGCAGAAAAUUGGUACAUUGUCCUGAUCUGCUCAUUGUUAGGAAUAGUGGUGGCCGACUUCUUUAGUGGACUGGUUCACUGGGGAGCAGAUACCUGGGGGUCUAUAGAAAUUCCAGUUAUUGGCAAGGCCUUUAUACGUCCUUUUAGGGAGCACCAUAUAGACCCCACCUCCAUUACUAGACAUGAUUUUAUAGAAACCAAUGGUGAUAAUUUUGCUGUCGUAGUCCCUUUUCUGGGUCACAUGGCCUACAAGUUCAUCACGCUGUCUCCAGAGGAAAUUGACAAGACAUACAACUGGGAGUGUUUUGUAUUUUUACUGGCCAUCUUUGUCAGUCUGACUAACCAGUUUCACAAGUGGUCACACACAUAUUUUGGAUUACCAAAAUGGAUAACUUUUCUACAAGACAUGCACAUUAUCCUACCAAAAAAGCACCACCGCAUUCACCACGUGGCUCCCCAUGAGACCUAUUUCUGUAUCACCACUGGCUGGCUCAAUUAUCCACUAGAAAAAAUCGGCUUCUGGACAUUUCUGGAAGACAUGAUUGAAAGAUCAACUGGGAAUAAGCCAAGAGCAGAUGAUUUUAAGUGGGCUCAGAAAUGUCAAUGAUAAUAGUUUAGUAGUACAUGAAAUAUAUUUUUUGAAUUUCCAUGGCCAUUAAUUAAGGGGAGACAAUACACGUUAUCAACCCGUGUUUGGUGUACCUGUGUCAAAGAACCAAUUGUUUUUUUUUUUGUUUUGUUUUGUUUUUUUUUUAGGAAAAUCAGUAAAAUUUGGUAAUGUCUAGGUUUUUUUUUAAGAUUUUACAAAAAAAAAA